UUAGCUGCACUUAAAACAAGUUAGUUAAAUUAUUUAGUCAGAAUUAGUCGGUACGUUCAGUAGCACGCGCUUUUAUUUUACCAAACGCGAUAUAACGUGGAAUAAAAUAAAUUCCAGUUUACGGGUUUGACUGUCUAUACCUAAGCGAACUCUGCACGAAACUGUUAAGAAGACGGCUAAAUUUGCUAAACACAUCAAGUCGUUGUUCUAGUUCGUGAUAAGUGAUACUAAAAUCGGACAUGAAUUAAGGACGACGUUGGAAACAGGUCACCAAUACCAAAUAAAUCACCGUCCUACUAAUCACCUCAACAAAAUAGAAGAACAAAAAUGUUUCGAGAUCUUGCAAUCCUCGCAGUAUUAGCGAUAACACCAACGAUCUCGUGGCCCGCGAACAAAGAGUUUCUGCUGCAGCAAAAAACAGUUUACGAAUUGCUACGGCACGUAGAUCAGCCGAAAAUUAGCAGCGAUGGUUCAUACUAUGAUUUGGGAGUGUCUUAUGACAUUGAGAAGAACAUCAAGUACUACAACGACGAGAAAUGCGUAAGAAAGUUCCUAGAUCGUUAUGAGAAAGGGAUGCAGCCGCGGGGUAAGAUCUUCUCACCCUUUUACCCCAAGCUACUCGACGAGGCAAAGGACCUCUUCGGGAUCUUCUAUCAUGCGCGGGACUUCGAAACGCUCAACAAGACCGCGGCUUGGGCACGAAUCUACAUGAACGAGGGAAUGUUCGUCUACGCCUUUAGCAUCGCGGUUGUUCAUCAUAGGACGACACAGUUCAUCAGCAUUCCGGCCGUGCACGAGAUCCAGCCACAUCUAUUCUUCAGUAAAAUGGUUAUUCGAAAGGCACAGCAGGCCAUGCGGGAAGAACACACCAGAAGCACUUAUAUGUCCGCCAAGGGUUACCUAGUGGUUCCAGCGUCCUACGGCAACUGGCAAAACACCAAGACUGACGGUUAUAACGAAGACGAGCAGCGCCUCAAUUACUUCAUGAAUGAUGUGUCACUCGCCGAAGCGAUGCACUACGCUCAUCUGCUGAGACCAUCCUGGUUGUGUCGUGUCGAGUUCAGCGACAAUGUUUUCGCAGCAUGGCCACCACGAGGUGAGAUUUUUCUAUGGUGGCACAUGCACACUUUGGCACUUUACAAGAUGGAACGUUAUUCCAACGGCCUCGGGGCGAUAAAAGAAUUUGAUUGGAACUACCCGCUUCCCUACGGACAUGAUUCCAACGCCAGCUAUCCCAAUGGAUGUCAGUUUCCCAGUCGCAAAAAGGGAUCGCGCAUUCCACACCACCUUUUCCCACUACUGAAGAAAGUUCGCGACCUCGAGUCACGGUUAUCGUCAACACUGGACACAGGGAUGAUCAUGGAUAUCCACGGUGAACCGGAUGGCAUUUAUAAACAAGAGUUCGUGGAAAUUCUGGGUAAUAUUCUUGAGGGAAACGCAGACUCGAUUAACCGUGAAUUCUACGGCAACUACGAUGCAUUGGCAAGACAAGUUCUGGGCUGUGCUCCUCGCCCCAAAACUAAGUACACACCAUGUCCGAGCACCCUGGAACACUAUGCUACCGGACAGAGGGAUCCGAUGUACUGGUCACUAACCCAGAGAAUAAUCAACGCCUAUCACGAUUUUGCCUCACAUUUGUGUCCCUACACUCUCAAAGACCUGGCAUACGAAGGUGUGACGAUAGAGUCAGUUGAGGUGGAAGACAUUUUCACGUACUUCGAAGACGUGGAUUACCUCGUCUCGACGGGUCUCGAAGUACAAAAUGGGCAGAACGAGCCGGUGGUUAAGGUUAGCCAAUGCCGACUGAACCACUUGCCCUACCGCUAUAACAUCACGGUGAAAAGUGCGACCACGACGACGGUUUGGGUCCGGGUGUUCCUGGGCCCGAAAGAAAACUCGAACCAAAACGAGCUGGGCAUAUCGGAGAACUACAAGGACUUCCUUCUCCUGAACGUGUUUGCGGUAGAACUUGAGAAUGGAACGGUCACUAUCCAGAGGAAUAGCGCGCAGGAUUACACAGUGGCGCCGGACAAUAUCAGCGGUGAUUUGUUCUACGAGAAGGUUGUUCAGUCCCUGAAUAAUGGCGACGAUAUCUUUGAAAUUCCGCAUAAUCUCUACGCCCUAAAGUAUCGCACCGCCAUUCCUAAGGGCUGGAUCGAUGGAUUACCACUUCAACUUUUCGUCUACAUAGGUUCACCGAUGGCCGAGUUUAUCUACACUAGUUUACCUUUAAGAAAAUCGAUUAUAUUUCCCCUGGACAGACCUCCGAACCUUGAUCCAUCCAGUUUGGAGAACGCUUACCUUAAGGAAGUCAGAAUCUACCACACGGAAUAUUCAAAAAUCAAGCAAAAGACUCGCGAAGCGAAAUGAAUCACCUCAACCGGUAAAGUAAUCAACGAAUGUGUUUUUGUUAUCAUUGCAUUGUAUUACUCACGCUUUGUAUUAUUCUUUACGUCAGUUGUCACGUUAUACGUUCGACUGCACAGCUGUUAUGACAAAUGAGAAACGACGCUUAGUUGCUUAUGAACUUGAAAGAUCCUGAAAUUAUUAAAGAAG